UUUGCAGGCAUGGAAGAGUCGUAAUGCUGAGGCAAAUAUUUUUGCUGGUCCUCGGUUUCCGACUGGUAGCUCCUCUGGCCCUCAGUCAUCUCGACUUGGAACUAGCUAACAGAACGUGCGAUGGCAAAUCGAGCUGCGAGGGCUGGGACGACUCGGCCGCACCCCUUGCCGAUUGGCGAGACCGCAACUGCAUGUGCGACGCACAGUGUGCCAGCUACGGCGACUGCUGUCUUGACUCGAGGCACUUCGAGUUGGCCGAACAGCGGAGAGCAUUGACGUCGUUCAGUUGCGUCGAGCUGAGACAAUUUGGCGGCAUCUACAUGAAGACAGGCUGCCCGCCCAGCUGGGAAGACAAGGCGGUACGAGCUCUCUGUGAACCGGGCGGCGACCGGGACCCCUCUGACCCCCUGGCGGCACUGCCGGUCACCAGUCCAGACACGGGACGCACCUACCGUAACGCCUACUGCGCUCUCUGUCACGGCGAGACAGCGAUCGACCUCUGGAAACCACGCCUUGAAUGCGCCUCACUUGGCUACACCCACAACUACACGCGAGACAAGGUCUCCCAGAACCUCUACUUCGACGACCAGAAAGACUCCUGGGGGUUACUAACUGAAGACAACAAAUUCCACCCUUGUACCAUUGACCCUGUGAUCCCGGACUCAUCCGCUUCCAAAAUCCGCAGAUGCCAAGCCAACACCAUCAAAUCCUGCGCGAUAAACUGGACCAACGUGGAGGUCCGUAACCGUUGUGAAGCUUAUACCUCACUAGUUUAUGAAGGAAACUACGGGUUCCGGAACCCCCACUGUGCUGUCUGCAAUAAUGUCCCCCUCCAAUACCUCCAGUGCAACAGGAUAUCCUUUAGAGACAUCUACAACAAAGAUUUUAGCCCCGUAGCGUUCACGGUUUUGUUUGACCUCACCGGAGGCAAAACAGCUGUUGGUAAAAAGAGGCCCUGCAGCGACAACCAGGUAUUUGAUCCAUUCUUCAGGAAAUGUCGGGAAAUUCUCAAUGAUAUCGCUAACAACAUCAAGGAUAAAUACUCACAUUCAGACCUAAAUGAUAAAUAUUCAGACAUGAACACCACAGAUGUCCUCAUAAUAAACAGAGAUGACACCUCUAGAUUUAACAAUACAUACCUCUUCAAUGACUCCAUCAACAGUGUGGAAUUUCUCCAGUCUGGAGCUGAUUCUCAUGAUGAAUGUUUGAAAAUCCUGCUGGAGAAGGAUGAAUACAUCCUCGACAGGAAUCACACCAACGUGUUUGUGCCAGCUUAUGGGCAAACCUAUGGUGCUGACAGUUUUGUGGUGAGGAAAGAUGGUACCAUGGAGUUGUGUAUCAAGGAUGACUUUGGAACAAGACUGGUGGACAAGUUUGGACCUUACAUGGGGUACAUCACGUUUGCAGGCCUAGGGGUCUCCAUCAUAUUCCUUCUGCUACAUCUCACUGCAUUUGUGUUGUUACCAGAGUUGAGAAAUCUAUCAGGGAAAAAUCUGGCUUGUCUAUGUUUGUCACUCCUUGUUGCAUACUCAACCUUCAUGGCAGGUCAAUUGCUUGUGGAUUACCCCUGCUACAUAAAUGCGUUAGUUAUGUACUACAGUUUCCUGGCAUCGUUUUCUUGGAUGUUGACAAUGUCUUUCGAUGUUUGGAGGACGCUGCGUCUGGCAACAGCUGAACUGAGAGUAUCAUCAGGGAAACAGUGGCGCAAAUUCACACUGUAUUCAUUGUGGAGUUGGACUGCGCCCGCUAUCAUCCUCAUCUCUUCAAUGCUGAUUGAUUCUUCACCCAAGGAUGCUGUGUCAAGAGACCUCAGACCUGAGUUUGGAGUGUAUUCUUGUUGGUUCGGACAGAGAAAAGCUCUACUAAUAUUCUUUGCGUUACCAAUAGGAGUGGUCAUGUUGUUGAACAUAGUUUUCUUCGCUAGUUCUGCACACAUGAUCUACUCAACAUCCUCCACUACCCGCUUCACAGCAAGUUCGGGAACUCAGCGUGAUUUCAGACUGUAUGUUCGUCUGGCGUUGGUUAUGGGGAUCACCUGGACUAUAGGUCUGGUGGCAGGGACUCUGGAUAUUGAGGGUCUGUGGUAUGCGUUCAUUGCUUUGAACACCCUGCAGGGUUUGUUUAUCUUCUUGGCGUUUACUUGUACGGAUAAAGUGAUAAGAGGUUUGGCUGGGAGACAGGCGGAUGGUCGACCUCUGAGACCUCCUUCGUUUUCAUGGUCUGGGGCUUCUACUGAUAGCACCCAUAAAUCGCAUAUUGGUUCAGAGCAUGGGCAUACUGAUACUCUGUACUGAUCUGAAUUACUGAUAGAAAAUCGUUCGUUUGGUUCAGAGCAUGGGCAUACUGAUACUCUGUACUGAUCUGAAUUACUGAUAAAAAAUCGUUCGUUUGGCUCAGAGCAUGGGCAUACUGAUACUCUGUACUGAUCUGAAUUACUGAUCAGAAACUGAUGAAAAAUUGUUUAUUUUGUUCGGAGCAUGGGCAUACUGAUACUCUGUACUGAUCUGAAUUAAUGAUAAAAAACUGAUGAAAAAUGGUUUAUUUGGUACAGAGCAUGGGCAUACUGAUACUCUGUACUGAUCUGAAUUACUGAUAAAAAAUCGUUCGUUUGGCUCAGAGCAUGGGCAUACUGAUACUCUGUACUGAUCUGAAUUACUGAUCAGAAACUGAUGAAAAAUUGUUUAUUUUGUUCGGAGCAUGGGCAUACUGAUACUCUGUACUGAUCUGAAUUAAUGAUAAAAAACUGAUGAAAAAUGGUUUAUUUUGUUCGGAGCAUGGGCAUACUGAUACUCUGUACUGAUCUGAAUUACUGAUCAGAAACUGAUGAAAAAUUGUUUAUUUUGUUCGGAGCAUGGGCAUACUGAUACUCUGUACUGAUCUGAAUUGGUCUGAAUCACUCAUCAAAAACCGAUGAAAAAUCGUAUAUUGGUUCAGAGCAAGAGCAUAUACUGAUAGCCUUCUCUCUACUGAUCUGAAUUGAUUUGAAUUACUGAUAGAAUAUUGAGAUCAUGGAGCUCAAUUUUUAUUCCAUGAUUGUAAUACAAAUAAUCAUGGUGGAAUACUGAUCUUGAUUGUAAUAGGCAACUAAUCAUGAGCUCAUAGAGUUUAAAUCAUGAUUACAAUAAAAAUAUAAUUAUAGAGAGAUAUAAUUCUUCAAUGUUUGUUUUCCAUUACGAACUGCUUAUUAUUAAAUCACUUUUUGCUAUUAAAAAGAAAGACUAGCAGUCAGAAUUUUCUACAAUAAAUAAAUUAAUCACUCACUGUGACAACGAGAUCUUUCGGCAGGUCCGCCAUUAUCCUGGUUGUACAAGGCGGAGCUGCCGAAAGAUCUCGUUGUCACAGUGAGUGAUUAAUUCAUUUAUUGUAGAAAAUUCUGACAGCUAGUCGUUCUUUUUAAUAGAAAAAAGUGAUUUAAUAAUAAGCAGUUCAUGAUGGAAAACAACAUUGAAGAAUUAUAUUUUUCUAUAUAUUUUUAUUGUAAUCAUGAUUUAAACUCUAUGAGCUUAUGAUUAGUUGCCUAUUACAAUCAGGAUCAGUAUUCCACAAUGAUUAUUUGUAUUACAAUCAUAAAAUAAUUCAGCUCAAUCCAUGAGCUCAAUUUUCUAUCAUUAAUACAAAUCGAUUUGAAAUCAGCAAAAAGUGAUUUAAAAAUAUAUUAUUUUUUAGGUAUUCAUAUUAUAUAUUUACCAAAAGUACUCGAAUUCGAUGAUAUUUGAUGGAAUAUACAAAUCAUGAUUGGGAUACAAAUCAUGAUAGAAAAACAAUCAUUCUAAAGUUCAUUAAAAAUAAAGAUGCAAACGUAUUUUAACUAUAAGUACUCAGAAUGUUAUAUAUGAAUGAUAAAUUAUACUCUUAAAAAAUCUUGAAUAGUUCAUUCUUUACGAGAAUAAGUGAGUGUAUCUUUUAUAUUAGAAAUUCAUUCAGGUUACAAUGCAAUAAAAUGAGUACCGGUAUACUAUUUCCUAACAUUUGAACUAUUAUAGUCAUUACCUAUAGAAGAGUUAUUGGAACAAUUUAUGAUUUGAAAUCAAUUUUCAACUUUGGAAUGUCAUAAUUUUCAAUCUACCGAGUGCCUAAUACUUUUUGAUACAUCGAUUUGUCAUGUAUUCAUAAAUAUCAUGUAUUAGCCAAAAGUACACGAAUUUGAUAGAUCUUUCAUUCAAGGCACCAUAUUAUCUUAAUUUAUUUCAUGCGAGAUCCAAUAUUAUAUGGUAUGUGAUCAGACAUCAAAUUACUUAUAGGAUCAAUUCCUAUUUUUGUAUUGAAAUUCAUGAUAAUAUUUUAGUAGCACAGUGAUAUUUCAUAGAAUUAAAUGGAUCUUGUUCUACAUAGAAUUUCCAUGAUUAUAAGCAUAACAGUAGGUUUUCUAUGAUAUAUGAAAAUCAAUUACAACCACUGAUGAGUCAAUGCUACUUUUGAAUGAAUGUGAUUAAAAAGUUUUAAUUCCAAUCGAAUUGAUAAUUGAAUGAAAAAGACUAAGAAAUUGUCAAAAUCCAUAGAAACAAACUGUUUCUCAGAGAUUCACAAUGGUGUAAUAACCGAAACCGGUCUUUUCAAGUAGGUAUCAAUGAAUCUGUGGUUUUUGACAAUUUCAUAGUCUUUUUCAUUCAAUAUGAAUAAUUUACCACAAUAUCAACUUCUCAACUACACAAAAAGAAUUGAUAAUUUUUAUAUUCAAUUUUUAUAUCAGUGAUUACAGUUUUACACAUAAAUAAUUAUAAUAAAUAAAUAAAUUUAUAAUGUAAUAAAUAAAAUUAUAUUACAUUCGCAAUGCACUUCCAUGAAAAGGAAGCAUGAUAUCAGUUUCGAAGAUUGCAGUAACUUAAAUUCUACUGUAAAUAAUAAUGAAUUUUUGUAAUCUUCUCCUCCAGAGAUUGACGUUUUUACAUGUUUUAAGAAUAUAAUUCUCUAUUAAGGAGACCUGAACUUAUAUUGAUAGAAAUGAUGAGUUCUAAAGAAUUAAACAAUAUAUAAAAAAAUAUAGCUUUAAAUACAUUUGCUCCACUGUUUCAAGUAUGUUGUUGAAAUUAUUAAUCUGGAAAUUUAGUUUAGAAAUUUUUUAUUGUACAGUUUGUAAAGAUGAAUUUGUACCUGACUGAGAUUUGAUUCAAUAAUUUUCUAUUAAUUAAAAACGUUCUGAUAGAUGAAGAUGCAACAUUCAUGACCCAAAACCCACACAUUAAUAAUAAGAAGAAAGGAAAAAUGAAGUGUUAAAACAUGUUAUUUUGGAGAAAAUAAUUACUUUUACACAAAAUGUAAAUAGCUGAUGAUCAUUGUUGUAAAUAGAUGAGCUUGUACUAUCUAGUUCAUUAUACUUUUGAAAAAUGUUGUUUAAAAUUUUUCUAUUCACUAGCAAUAAAGUACUUUUUAGAUAAA